UGGAAGCGCUGGCCAGCUGUGUCACACCAUGAGAAAAGCCAGCCACAGUUUUAGUCCAGGAACGUCCGGAGUUGUGGGACACAAGGACAAAUCUCUACCACGACCGGCUAAAAAAGAUGGGUCCUGGGAAGAAGUGGCAAGACACAUGAGGCCAUCGGAAUGGGCACGUGCCAACAGCAGAGGUCGUGUGGAUAUAGUUAAAAAAACCAAAACCAAAUGGAACAGUUGUAGGGAUCAGUUCCAUCGGGAAGUCACUGAGAUGGUGCGGAGUGGUGAGGGGGCUCCUAAGAAAAGACCCUACAUAUACACGGAGCAAUUGCGCUUUCUUCGUCCCGUGAUGGAUCUUAGGCUUACUGUUGACAGUCUGGAGGACCCAGAACCACAGCCAUCACCACAGUCAGAUCCGGGAGGCGCAGAGACCCCUCCCGUCUUUUCGCCAGAAAUGAGUCCCACAAAUCUGGCAGAAGAAGAGUCCGAAGGUGUUCAAAGGGGACUUGCUGGGCCUGGUGAAGUGAACCCUGAUGAUAGCCAAAGGCCACAGAGUCACAGAAGGAGGUCCGCCCCUCAGGCUUCUUCUGGGAUAACAACUAAAGAGGUGAUUGACUCCCAAGUCAUUCAGUACCUAGCCCAGAAGAGGGCUGAAGGGCGUGAGGAGGUCUUGAUGAGGGGGCUGGCACCUUUACUACAACAAGUGCCACAGGAGAAGCAAGCAGCAUGUAUUGCUUCCAUCACGUUAGUCCUGGAAAUAGAUAUAGGCCUGAGAUUUCUGGGGCACGUGGGUUCCUUCCCUGGUUUGGGGAGUGUGAUGAUGUUUGCCGCCAGCAUUUCUGAGGGGAAUUCACCAUCUUCUCUGGCUUUGUUAAAAGUUCUAGCUAAGUAA